CUUUUCGGCAACCAUGAGGAGGAGGACCUUGAUGAAGAUCUAGUGGUUGUAAUUGAUGCUCCCAGGCUAGAGAAGCUCAAGCUUUUUGAUCCUAAAACUGAUUGUUUCAUAAUAAACAGCAUUGGUUCCCUUGUUAAGGCUGUUAUCGAUGUUACGUUCAACUUGUAUCAGUUCGAUCCGAUUGAUCUACCAAAGAGAAACAUGAUUCGUAGUUUUCUCCUCGCGAUCUCUAGUGCCAGAGAGAUGACCAUCACUUCCUUCACUCUCGAGGCUAUCUAUAAUUACUCGAGAUGUGAGCCAUUACCCUUGUUCCGUAACCUAUCUUCCUUGCGUGCAAACUUCUACAACUGCACGUGGGAAACGUUGCCAAUCUUUCUUGAGAGCUGCCCGACUCUGAAAUCUCUCUCCUUUUCAAUUAGAGACUUUGAGGAGCCUAUUGGUAUUUUACUUGGUCUUCCUAGUUUCCUACCAAGUCUCGAGUUUGUUGAGAUAGUAAGCACAAUGAUAAACGCUGAGGAGCAUAUGAAACUAGUGAGUUACUUUCUGGAGAACUCAACAAUCCUCAAGAAACUAGUGAGAGGGUGUGAAAGACUUGACAUCCUCAAGAAACUCCUGUCCACUCCAAGGCUCUCUAGUUCAUGCCAAGUUAUCGUCCUCUGA